AUGCCAGUUACGAUCAGACACGCUCGGUUUCCCGAGGAGAACUCGCAGGUUCUCGCGCUGUUUGCCGCGUAUGCCGAAUCUCUCGGUGUCGACCUCACCUUUCAGAACUUCCGAAAGGAAGUCGCCUCGUUUCCUGGAAAAUAUGCCUCCUCACAAGGAGGAGCUUUAUUACUCGCUGAAGUUACCGAUACCACUUCAAGUAACACCAAUCCCAACGGCUUAAUCGGCUGCGUCGCCCUCCGCUACAACACACCCAUCUGGUGCGAAAUGAAACGUCUCUACGUAACGCCCCAAGCCAGAGGAACCGGCACCGGAGAAAAACUAGUCACAGCGAUUAUCCAGCAAGCAAAGGAUCUCGGAUACGAGGGGAUGCGACUCGAUACACUGCCGGAGAUGGUGGCAGCGCAGAAACUGUAUCGACGAUUUGGGUUUGAGAUUAUCGACAAGUAUUAUGACACGCCGUUGGAGCAGACGGUUUUUAUGGGGUUGCGGUGGUCGGGUUGCUAG